UUACCUUGCCCCUGCCCAUUUCCAGGAGAUUCGGUUAUCGUCUUCGUCUCCCAUUUCUUCAUCUCCUUCGUUUCCCCCCCUUAAAAAUCAAAAUCUCUUUCAGGUCUGGCUAACGCUGAGGAGAAAACUCUGGAAGAAUCCAGAAACGAGAGGGUGGUGCUCGCCCUGUAUGAGGCCUUGAGAUCGCGCGACGUGGAUCUGGUCCAGAAGCUUCUGGACUCCGACCUCGAGUGGUGGUUCCACGGCCCGCCGUCGUGCCAGUUUUUGAUGCGCGUCCUCACCGGCGCCGCACCGCCGUCGUCCGAUUCGUUCCGAUUCGUCCCGCUCACCGUUGAUGCGAUCGGCCCCACCGUCUUCGUCGAGGGCUGCGAUUCCGACCGGAACAUCACCUGGGUCCACGCCUGGACCGUCACGGAUGGGAUAAUUACCCAGGUCCGGGAGUACUUCAACACCUCCCUCACCGUGACCCGGCUCGGAACCCGAGCCCGGUCCGCGCCAGCCGCCCACUGCCCCUCUGUUUGGGAGAGCAGCCUCUCCAAUCGGGUCGGAAGAUCCGUGCCCGGACUUGUUUUGGCGAUCUAAUCCGGGUCUCACCCGACCCGUUUUAGUUAGCUAUUUCCGCGGGCUUGUUAAAGUGACGUGUGCUGCUGGUCUUCUUUUUUUUUUUUAAAUAGAUAUAAAUAAAAAAAGUUUGUGGCCUGUUUGGUUUGACGUUUUAUGUUGUCUGGAUUAGGGGAAAGUUUGCUGUCGUAGUCAAACGAAGACGGUGAUGGGUUGUGAUGUAAUCCGCGUUUGGCUUGCAAUAAAAUCCCCACUCUGUUUACUUGAAAAAAGUACUCCUAUUGUUCUCUAUUCCAAAACGAAAGAAAAUUAAGAUAUGUUU